UUCAACUCCGCGCGGACCAAAGCCAAAUUCGGUUCAUCGGGUACUUGUAGACCAUGGACUUCCCAUGUCGUCUUGCUCAUUCUCCGUAUACUGUAGCCUGUAGGGAUAUGAAAACCUGUUAUGGGUUCUUGAUUUUGCUGCUCCUCCCGAAUCUCUUACUCCCAAUUUCAUCCGCGAAAUCUGAUGAAGUGUGCAUUUCUCAAGGGGGUCGUUUUCCACCGUUCUCAGCUGAAGGUAAACCACCAAAAAGAGUAGGCAAGGGUUCCAAAGAUUUGACCUUGUGUAGGGUAUUCCGUAGAAAGACUUGCUGCGACGUAUCUCAAACACAUCCAGCUUUGCUAUCUAUUAGGAGGCUGGCUUCUUCUGGGGAAGCCAGCCAAGAGUGCUUGCAGUUAUGGGAAUUAUUGGAGUGUUCCAUAUGUGAUCCACGAAUUGGUGUACAAAAGGGACCUCCUCUUAUAUGUGCAUCUUUUUGUGACAGAGUCUAUCAAGCAUGCACUGAUGCUUAUUUCUCUAUGGAUGCCAAGGCACAGGUUCUUGCACCUUGUGGGGUGAAUGACUUUGUUUGUGGUAGAGCUGCUGAAUGGGUCUCUAAUGGCACUGAGCUCUGCAAAGCUGCCGGUUUUACUAUUAAAUUGAUAGACUUUGGCACUGAGGAAACAUCUUGUUAUGGUGGUAAAGCUAGUCUAGAUUCUAUUGCUAAUUCAUGGAGGAAGUCUGAGGUGUCCAAGAGAGCUUCAAAAGGAGAGGUGUUAAAAGAUUUUGAGCAGUGGGUGGAGGAAAUGCCAUUUUGGGAAAGAGUUUCUUGGGCGGUUGGAGGGAUGGUUCUCACAGCAGGAUUGCUGUUUGCGAGUAAAAGGAGGACCCGCAACCAGCGUCAAAAGCUAGCAGCUAUUCAACGAACUGUGAGGAAACUAGAAGGCAACAACCAGAACUCUCCUACUAAUCAAGGAAAUAGGAAAGGAGUCCGAAGAUGAAUGUUCCCUUAUAAUUGGACUCUUUUUUUGUUUGUUUUUUUGCAAUACGAGAAAUAUGUUUACGGUUGGAAUCGAACCUUGGGUAUAUAUAUGUCUAACCCAAUCGAUUGUCAACCGAGCCACCUCUUGUUGGUAUAAUUGGACUUUGUUUUAGUUUGCUGAUAACUGGUAAGCGAUGCUAUUUUUUUUAAUGUUAUUUGACCCUCUGAUUUGUGGAUUGAUGUCCUUA